AUUUGAGCUCUAUAUGCAUACUAAAUUUACAGGUGGAAAUCUCAGACCUCAUAUUCAGAAAUCUUUGUGAUUAAGAUUGCCAUUCUGAGAUGCUUAGAGUCAGAAAGAAAAUUUGGCAUGUUACUGCUUUUCUGAAUAAAAUAACAUUUUUUGUCAUUCAUGUUGUUCCAUCUGCUAUAAACAUUGGAUCUUUAAUCAAAAGUCAGGGCACAUUUUUAUGCCCAUUAAAGCUGAGUUCUAGCAGAGGUCAAGAAUUAUAAAGAGAAAAUCUUUAAGAGGUGGUAAGUGAACUUUUACUUUCAACUUCUCUUUUAUCUUUCAUUUAAAUCCCUCUUUUUGAGCUAAUCCAAGUGCCAAAUGUAAGUGUCUUACCAAAAAAAGCCUAUCUUUAAACCUUGCUUUUGCACCCUUUUUCUUUUUCCUGGAAAAGGGAUCUUUUCCAUCAGUAACGAAUAUGUCUCUUUUGAUUUAUCUUCCUUUGAAAGAAAGGCUUUAAGAGUUUCUAAGAUAAAGCAGUAAAGUCGUUCUUAUUAUCAUUAAAGAAUAAAAGAAAGAAAGCAAGACUCAAAUUCUUGCUUUAAAAUGCCUGUAGAAAUUAUUAUCAGGGACAUGGUGUUUGUGCUUUUUUAUUUUUUCUUUUAAUCUUUAUGAUCCCCUUUUUUUUUCAGGAAUGUUUCAUCAAAAUAAUUUUCAGGAUUUGUGUUCUCAACAGGAGACAAUCUAAAAGAUUGCAUUUAGAAGAUGACAAUCCUUUUACUUUGCCUUCUCGAUGCAUUUGUUUUUUUGCUAUGACUUCCAAUGAAAUAAUUUGUAAGCCAACAAUUAGUUCACUAACAAGGUAAAAAUAUUAAAACGUUCUGUUCUUUUCUUCUCCCUUCUUUUCUUAUACUUCUGUUAUCUAUUAAAAUGCAAUGGUUGGUUUUCUCAAAAAUAGCUUAGGUAGUUGUAAUGAGUUUCCUGUAGAGAAGUGCCACCACUGAUAAAAUUAUAAUUCUGUUAUUAACCAUGAAAAGAAAUCAAAGGUUUUUAAUGUAUAGUAUAAGAAACUAAAUACUGUUCUUUUUUUUUUUUUUUUUUAUUGACGGACAGCUAAAGAAGCAAUAUCAAAUAAACAAUUUAAGGCAAAUAAUGGCAGGCACUGGCUUGUGAUCAAUGUAAAACCUAACUGAACUCUGUUUAUUUUCCGAAAGAAUUCAACAGGCUCCAUUGUAUUCAAGAUUCUAACUGUAGUUUUGCAGCGUAUGAAAAGAACUAUUAAUAUUUUUGAGAUUGCUUUAGGAACAUCAAGUUCUCAGACCCUAAAGAAAAGAACAAAGAUAGAAAAGAGAACGGAGAAGGGUUAUUAGGAAAUUCAUAACCAUACACGCAUUAGAAAAGAAGAUUAAGAAAAAAAAAAAAAAAAAAAGGGAGAGGGAGAGAAGGGAAAGGGAAAAGGGUUGCUUAAAAAAUAUGGAUUUCGAAGAUGGAAAUGGAAAGAUUGGCAAUCUAAUUGUUCUAGCCUUUUCCUUUAUUGUCGUGGCUGUUGUUAUUGUUGCCUUUGCUGCUACCUAUAGACCUUAUCCUCCAGGUCCAACAUUCCAUCUAUCCCCUCCUCCAGGUCCACCAAAUUCACCAUUAAACUCAUCAAAAUCAUCAAGAAAAGCACUAGUACCAACCUUGCCUACCCUCGAUUCCAUUUGUAUGCAAACAGAUUAUGUUUCCACUUGCCGAAGUUCUUUGGGUUCUGUCUCAAACGGAAAAAACUUGACAGUCAAAGAAUAUCUUGAAGUUGCGAUUAAUGAAGCAAUUCAAGAUGUGAACGAAGUUAAGGAAUUAUCAAAACAACUUGCUGCUAGUACCAGAACUCUAAGCGAUCGUCAGGCUCUAAAUGACUGCGAUGAAUUGUUGUCAUUAGGACUAUAUGAACUUAAGGCUGCAUUUGGUGUGGUGUCAAAUAACUCAGAGUUGUAUAAACAAUCUGCUGAUGUCAAGAACUGGCUAAGUGCUGUCCUUGCAUAUCAAGAAGCUUGCCGUGAUGGAUUCAAGGACAAGAAAAUAGAACUGACAGUAGACAAUGCCCUUCAGAAUCCCAAGCAAAAAACAAGCAAUGCCUUGGCUAUUGUUGAUUCACAUUUAAAGAACCCAACUUCACCAGGCAUAAUAUCCCGGAGUCUGAUUAGCAAGGACUAUCCGUUGUGGUUUUCGGCUAUGAACCGGAACCUUUUUGAGGGUUAUAGUAAUGGUAUAUUGCAGUCUGAUGCAGUUGUGGCUGCUGAUGGAUCAGGGCAAUUCAAAACCAUUGGAGAAGCUCUGAAUUCAUAUAAACUAAAUACCAAAGGAUGGUAUGUUAUCUAUGUCAAGGCAGGAGUCUAUAAUGAGCACGUAUUCAUCUCCAGGAUUCUAACCAAUGUGUAUAUGUACGGUGAUGGUAUUGAUAGAACUAUUAUUUCCGGAUCAAAACAUACAAUGGAUGGACUUCCAGCCUAUCGAACAGCUACUGUUGCUGUGCUUGGGGAUGGAUUUGUAUGCAAGUCAAUGACAAUUCAAAACUCGGCAACAUCUGAUAAAGAAACAGUAGCUCUCAGGGUACAAGCUGAUAAAGCAGCAAUCUUCAAGUGCAAGAUAGAAGGAUCGGAACGUUCAUUAUAUGCAUUAGCUCACAGGCAAUUCUAUCGUGAAUGUAUCAUUACAGGAAUGAAAGAUAUCAUCUACGGCGACUCUACUAUAAUCAUCCAAAAGUCUUCGAUCAUUGUCAGGAAAUCAGGCAUACCAAGAAAAUUUAAAUUAGUGACUGCACAAGGCAGGACAGAAAGAACAGAAACGACAGGAUUCGUAUUGCAUGACUGCACUAUUGUUCAAGAAGAAGAAGAAUCUGGAAAGACACCCACAUACUUAGGCAGGCCUGGUGGACGAUAUGCAAGAACAAUCAUUCUGCAAUCUUAUAUAGGAAAUGGGAUUGAUCCUGAAGGGUGGAUAAUUGGGUUUAGUAGUAGAGAAAAAGAGAUAAUGUUCUUUGCUGAAUUUGAAAAUCAUGGGCCUGGAGCUGACAGAAAAAGAGCGAAGUUGGAAGGAUAUCAGGUGAUUACUAGUAAAUCAGAGGCAGUUAAGUUUACUCCAAUUCAUUUCAUUCAAGGGGAUUUGUGGUUGCCUCAAACAGGAGUGCCUUUUGGGGCUAAUUUGUUGUAA